AUGAACAGCUCCCAGCCCGUCCCCUGGCCCGGCGCGGGGCUGGACGGGACCCUGGCGCUGCCCCUGGGCCUGGCCGCCCUGGGCCUGGCGGGGCUGGCGGGCAACCUGCUGCUGCUGGCGGUGCUGGGCCAGGAGCUGCGGCGGGGCCGGGGCUCGCCGCCCCUCGCCGGGCUGCUCCACCUCUGCGGCGCCGACCUGCUGCUGCUGCUGCUCUGCGCCCCGCUGCGCCUGGCCGCCGCCUGCCGCCGCGCCUGGCCGCUGGGCGCGCCCCUGUGCCGGGGCAGCGGCUGGCUGCUGCACGCCGCGCUGCUGGCCAAGUGCUUCGCCCUGGCGGCCGUCGGGCGAGCCCGCCUGCAGCAGCUGGCCGGCCCGGCCCCCGGCCCGCACGCCCUGCCCGGCCGGCUGGAGCCCGGCCCCGACGGGCCGCGCUGCCUCUUCCAGCCGCCCCCGGGCGCCGCCGGCUUCAUGCGGGUCUUCGACGCCGCCUACCCGCUGCUGGCCCUGCUGCUGCCGGCCGCCUUCACCGGCGGCUGCUACUGGAGAGCCCUGCGCGCCCGCGGGCCGCCCGGGCAGCGCCCGCCCCCGCCCGGCCCGGCCACCCGCCUGCUGCUGGGCCUCAGCCUGCUCUUCCACGCCGCCUGGCUGCCCGAGUGGGGGCUGUGGCUCUGGGGCCGGCUCGGCGGGGCGCGGCUGCCCCCGGCGGCGCUGGCGGGGCUGGCCCAGGCCGCGCUCUUCCUCCCCGGCGCGCUGGGGCCCGCGGUGCUGCUGGCGGCCUGCCGGAGCUCCGGGCCGGGCUGCGGGCGCUGGCCCGACGGGGAGCGCAAGCUUCUGGGAAGCAGAACCGGGGAGCCGGUGAGGACCCGCAAUGCAGCCUCCUGGUCUCCCCCAAGCUGCACCCUUCAGCCUGCUGCAGCCUGUAAAGCCUCAGAGCAUGUCGCCUCUUAG